CGCUCCCUGUCGCCCCCUCGCUCCCAUUUAACCCACUGGGCCACUCCUCCCCUCCCUCCUCCUCCUCCUGCUGCCUUCCCCAGCUGACACACAGGCAGCACUGGCACAGACUGAGACAGAGAGAGGGCUUCCAUCCCAGGCUGAUCAGAGCUCCAGGAGCAAGCCUUCCUUCCUAUCAGACACAGACACAGAGAUACAGGCUGGCCAUGGAAAGGAUCCCCAGCGCCCAGCCUCCUCCUCCGCCUCCUUGCCUGGGCAAGCUGGAGGGCAACGAGAUGCCAGGGUUGGACUUCGCUCACGUGUAUCAAGUUUAUAAACCCAGAAGAGGGUUAAAAAGAGGUGAUGAUAGUAAGGAGACCUACAAGUUACCCCACAGACUGAUAGAAAAGAAAAGACGAGAUAGGAUUAAUGAAUGCAUUGCCCAGCUGAAAGAUCUUUUACCAGAACAUCUCAAACUUACAACAUUAGGACACUUGGAAAAAGCUGUUGUUCUUGAACUUACCUUGAAGCAUGUCAAAGCACUAACCAACCUCAUUGAACAGCAGCAGCAGCAGAUCAUUGCUCUUCAGAAAGGUUUACAUGCUGAUGAGCUGUCACCAAGGAACCUUGAUUCUAGCCAGGAGGUAUUUCGGUCUGGUUUCCAGAUGUGUGCCAAAGAAGUGCUGCAAUAUGUGGCCAAACAUGAGAAUGCCAAGGAACUAAAAUCUUCCCAGCUCAUCAGCCACCUACACAGAGUGGCCUCUGAGGUUCUGCAGGCUGGCAUCAGCAGAAAGCUAGCAGAUGCUGUGCCUAAGCUCACGGACCUGAAAGAAAAGACUUGUUCUCUGACCAAAGCUGCUGAGGUUCACGGGAAAAACUGUGUGCCUGUGAUUCAGAGGACUUUUGCCCACUCCAGUGGCGAGCAGAGUGGUAGUGACACAGACACAGACAGUGGAUAUGGAGGAGAACUGGAAAAAAAUGACUCCAAAUCUGAUGUGCAGUAUUUUAAAAAGGACACUGAACUCAAGUAUGCUGUCCAAGAGAGAAUCAGUUCUAUCAAGCAAGAGAGUGAGGACCCACCUGCCAAAAAGACCAGGAUGGAAAUGUCAGAGGAUGAAGACCACUUCAGCAGUGAUAUGCUUGGCCCUUCUUCCAGCAGUUUCUUGAGUCCUCAUCCCCACCAGCCACCUCUGUGCCUGCCUUUCUAUUUAAUUCCACCCUCAGCAACAGCCUACCUGCCUAUGCUAGAAAAGUGUUGGUACCCAGCUUCGGUACCGGUCUUGUAUCCCAGCCUCCCAGCUUCCACUGCAGCACUUUCAGGGUUAAUGAGCCCAGAGAAAAUGUCUUCUCCUUUAUUAAUGCCUCAGCAGCUCCCUUCUCCAGUACCAUCUCAUUCCCCCAUGGACUCUACUACUCUGCUUCAAGCUUUGAAGCAGAUGUCUCCUUUGAAUUUGGAAACCAAAGACUAAACAUGAAGUGACAUUCUCUUGAGAUGUUCUUUAUUUUUUCCUACUUGGUUGAGUGUGAGAUUAUUUCAGGGUCUUUCCCAACAUCCCCAAACUGGCUGAAGUGAGAAGUGGGGAGGAUUGUUGGUUAUUUAUGUCUUGGGAAUCCAAGUUCUUUUUUGCUUUGUGUUCCCAAGAAAUUUAGGAAAGGCCUCAAAAUUGCACCUAGCUUAAUGGAACUAAAGAGGAGUUUGGAUUUUUUUAAAAUUUAAUUUAAUUUGAAGUGCUUUGUACUUUUUGCCAUCUAUAGUAUGACAACUGACUCAGUUAGUUGGCUAGGAAUAUGUUUCAAAGCUGUGAAAGUAAACUAAAAAUGAGGCAGAUUUCAUGUCUAUGAAUAUGAAACAUGGUACUUCUGGUGACUUUUCAGAGUAAGGCCUAGAGAACCAAGAAUGUGAGUCAAACAUUGUAGCUUCCCCAUCUUGCUGCUACUGCCAGUAUUUGAGAUCUCGGACUGAAAAAUGCAUGUACAUACACACACAGCUAGUUAUUGAAGCACUGGUAAUUAAUUCUGCAGUCACAGGUUGGUAAAGCACUCUAAGUGAUUUGGGGAGAUUUUGAGCCUGGUUUCUAAUCACAUUUCUACUGAUUGCACAUAUAUUUUCUUUUAAAUGCUGCCUCGAAAUUUUGUGUAGCUUCAGCUGCUAGAUAGAGACUUGUGGGGAGGGCAUUUUUGGGUGUGGCCCAUUUAUCCCUGCCCCUCGCCCUGGGCAUUGUUUCUCAUAACGGCUAGAGAGGAACUUCUGAGGAAAGCCAAAUGUCUAAAGAGACAAGUCCAGGCAUGGUCAAGACAGCAGCUUUGACUAGCACAAAAUGGUUAUCAGAUGGGUAACUUGGGAAUAGCAUUUUUCCCCUGUUGUUAACCAUCUCUGAAGACAACCCAACCUGUUGUCUCCUACAUAAGAGUUUCCCACCAACAGCUCUCUGUACAACUUUCUUUUUCCAAAUACCUACAGAAACUGCUGUCUCAUCUAACAGCAGAAUACUUGUUACAAUUGCCACAGUGAAGACCAGCUCUCACAGAGCCAUUGGUGGCACAUAGCAAAACUAAGCAAGUGUCUGAGGCAAAUGAAUGUUAGGGAACCCAGGGUAACCCCUAAUUUACUCUUCUUUCUUUGAAGCUCAAGAUAUUUGAGUGUGGACCACAUAGCACUUCUGCACCACCAAAGCAGGUCAUAGCGAUCCUUACUCCGGCACAGGCUGUGUAUAGCGGGUGAGGGAGGGCAUCCAAAUAGUCAAAAACAACACUCCUGACUUCAAUAAACCUCAUUUCUGGUUUAAAAUCAAGCACUUUUCCCCUUAAAAGUUUGGAGUCGGAAAAAUUGAGAUUGGGGCUUGGAGCAAUUGCUUUUCAUUAUCUCCUGCUGAGGCUGGUCCUUAAAAAAUGAAUCGACAUGGCGAGAGUGUAAGCAGUGUUUUCUCAGUGAGGGGAAGAUGGGCCUCUUUGCCAGUUGGCAGAGCUGCCCUUAAUGGGCUUUCAUUAUGGAAGCUAGACCUCUGGUUUUGGGUCUUCAUAAAUAUGAUGCUAAAUAUUAAAAGCUCCUGCAGUCAGGUUGUCUAGCACAGUUGGCAGAACUUGCAUAAUUGAGUGCAAGAGUUUGGCAGGGGUAAGGUGCCCACCUUUCCCUGGGAUGGUUGAUGGUUAUACACCACAACACCAAGGAAUAUAAGCAGCUGUCAUCUAGAGGAAACCUCCAUAUCUACCUUAGACUGAACACAUUCUACACUGAUAAUUACUGCAUCUGAUUUUGGCUAUUUAAGAAUCCAUGUCAAAUGGUGGUGUCAUCUAGUAGUUUUGCGAAAUUCAUAAAGCAACUGUCCUAUGAUCAGUCAUUGCGUUAUUGCACCGAGUCCUAGAAUGCACUAUGCUCAAUCUCAGAUUGUGUUUGACCAUUUAUUUUAUUGCUGGUUUAAAAAAAAUAUUUUUUUGUACACAGUUGUUGCCUUUAUUUGUAAAAUCUGUUUUAAAUAUAAAUGUGUACAUAUAAAUAUAUGGAUAUGUAAAAUAAAAUGUUUCAGAAGUCUAUUAUUUGUAAAACUACUUGAGUAUAAAGAAAGUGGGAAAUAUGAAUGUAUUCCUGUUUCUUUUUAAUGAGGAGAAUAUUUUUGUUCUUCCUCUAGGGAGAAGUAGAGUGUUUAUAUUUUUGGAACCUUCUUGAAGGUGGGAAUAUUGUAAAUAUUUUUAUCAGAGUAAAUGUUAAGUUAGUUGUUUUAAAAAAAUAAUAAAAUUAUUUUCCUGUGGAA